AUGGAGCCGGCCACGGUCCCAGGAGCGCGCCUCUCCCUGUCCGACCUGUACUCGGUCAUCCCCUUUAAUGUCACCUUCCAGGACGACGGGCUGCAGAACUUCACCGAGCAGCCGGGUCCGGUGAGGAGCACCGGGGGUAUUAUCAUAGCCAUAUGCAUCACGGCUCUCUACUCCGUCAUUUGCGUGGUGGGACUUCUGGGCAACGUCCUCGUCAUGUACGGGGUGGUCAGGUACACCAAGAUGAAGACGGCCACAAACAUCUACAUCUUCAACCUGGCUCUGGCCGACGCCCUCGCCACCAGCACGCUGCCCUUCCAGAGCGCCAAAUACCUGAUGAACACCUGGCCGUUUGGGGAGGUGCUGUGCAAGCUCAUUAUCGCCAUCGACUACUACAACAUGUUCACCAGCAUCUUCACCCUGACCAUGAUGAGCGUGGACCGCUACAUAGCUGUGUGCCACCCGGUCAGAGCGCUGGGGUUUCGGACGCCGGUCAAGGCGAAAAUGAUCAACGUGCUCAUCUGGGUCCUGUCCUCCGCCAUUGGCGUGCCCGUUAUGGUCAUGGCUGUGACCAAAGUGAAGGAUAACGGUGUAACCAUGUGCAUGCUGAAGUUCCCUGACCCCGACUGGUACUGGGACACCGUGACAAAGAUCUGCGUCUUCAUCUUCGCCUUCGUGGUUCCCGUGAUGGUCAUCACCAUAUGUUACGGCCUGAUGAUCCUGCGCCUGAAGAGCGUCCGUCUGCUCUCGGGCUCCAAGGAGAAAGACCGCAACAUGCGCCGCAUCACCCGCAUGGUCCUGGUGGUGGUGGCGGCCUUCAUCGUCUGCUGGACCCCCAUCCACAUCUUCAUCAUCGUGAAGACCAUGGUGGACAUCGACACAAGGAACCCCUUUGUGAUAGCCAGCUGGCACCUGUGCAUCGCCCUGGGCUACACCAACAGCAGCCUCAACCCCGUCCUCUACGCAUUUCUGGAUGAAAACUUUAAGCGCUGCUUCAGAGAUUUUUGCCUUCCCUGCCGGACCCACGUGCAGCAGCACAGUCUGACGAGAGGCAGCAACAACACCAGGGAGCCGGUGUCCGUCUGCGCUCCCACAGAAGCGGGAAAGAAGCCCACAUGA